UGCAGGAUUUCAACAGCAGAAUCAAUCAAACGAUCCAUUUAUCCGCCUUUUAGCAGCAUAUUUCAUCUAUCCACAAUGUCGGACGGCGAGAUGCCUUGGCCCGAGGUGGCGGUUGGCAACAAGAACCAUGCCAACGCCGCAGUGGUCAUCAUCGGAGGAGGUAUCUCUGGCAUGUGUGUUGCCAUUGAUCUGUUGAAACGGAACAAGUGUCGAAACUUCAUCAUCAUUGAGAAGUCCGCCGGACUGGGAGGGACCUGGCUCGACAACAAAUAUCCCGGCUGCUGCUGCGAUGUCUGGUCCGCCCUCUACUCCUACAGCUUCGCCAAAAACCCAUCUUGGUCUCGCGAGUAUCCCGGCCAAGAAGAGAUCCUCGCCUACCUCCAAGAUGUCGCUCAAGACUUCAAGCUGCUGCCACACUUCCGCUUCAACACGAUGGUCAAGGACGCCACUUGGGACGACGCGGGCAAGAAAUGGAAGGUCAGCGUCGAGACGUCCAAGGGCAGCAAAGAGGCGGAAUAUAGUGAGGGAUAUGAGAUCACAGCCGACUUUGUUGUCAGUGCUGUGGGACAAUUGAACUUGCCGCAGUGGCCGAAGAUUGAGGGCAUUGACUCGUUCAAUGGGAAGAAGAUGCAUAGCGCGAGGUGGGAUUGGUCGUAUGAUCUGACGGACAAGAAGAUCGCGCUGGUUGGAAAUGGUUGCACGGCUGUCCAAAUUCUUCCGGAGAUCGCAAAGGUCGCCAAGCAAGUCACUGUCUUCCAGCGGACGGCGAAUUGGGUCAUUCCACGCGAGGACGCACCUGUUUCGUCUACAUGGAGGACCAUCUACAAGUAUGUGCCGGGUGCUAUGAGUCGAAAGCGUGCAGGCCAGAUGGACUUUCGAGAGUCCACUCAUGGCUUCAUCAGUGAUAGCAACUCGCCAAUUGCUGCCAUGUUCACGCACGCUUCGAAGGAGUUGAUGGAGAGACAGCUCCCAAAUCAACCCGAGCUGUGGAAGAAACUCACUCCGACCUACAAGCUGGGUUGCAAGCGUAUCAUCAUCUCCGACGAUUACUUCCCAGCGAUCGCCCGCGACAACGUCGAACUCGAAACCCGCGCGAUCGACAGCAUUGCUGGCAACUCGAUCAAAGUCAAAGACGACAAUGGCAGCAUCGCUGAUCUCUCCGACUUUGACCUCCUUGUCUGCGCCACGGGUUUCAAGACUGUGGACUUUAUGCAUCCCAUCCAGCUUUACGGCAAGAAUGGCCACCCGAUCGCGGACGUGUGGAAGGAUGGCGCGAAAGCGUUGUAUGGCAUGACGGUUGAGGAUAUGCCUAACUUCGCUAUGCUGUACGGGCCCAACACCAACCUCGGCCACAACAGCAUAAUUCUGAUGAUCGAGUCCCAAUCCCGCUACAUCAACGGCCUCAUCGCUCCCGUCCUCGACGCCCGCAAACGCGGCAAAGCCCUCAGCGUGCGUCCCAAACCCGCCGUGCUCGAAGCCUUCAACGAGGAAAUCCAAGCCGAACUCCGCACCUCCGCCUUCAACGACCCGAAUUGUAAUUCCUGGUACAAGAACGACGCGGGACUGAUCACGAAUAACUGGAGUCGGACGGUGGUGGAGUAUCAGAAAUUGGUGGAGGAUGUGAGACUUGACGAGUUCGUGGUGGAGGGGAGUGGCAAGGAGGGAGUGAAGGAGAAGAUCCAUGUUGGACGCGUGAGGGAGGAGAUGUUGGUUAGUGAUCGGACGUUGACGUUGUUGGGUGUGGUGUCUACGGCGGCGAUUGUGGGUGGGUGGUUGAUGCGGAAUUCGGGGUAUUUGCAGAGGAUCACGACGAGAUAG